GCGGGCGCGGAGCCGCGCGGCCGCCCCGCACCAUGUACGCGUUCGUGCGGUUCCUAGAGGACAACGUGUGCUACGCGCUGCCCGUGUCCCGCGUGCGGGACUUCAGCCCCACCUCCCAGCAGGACUUCGACAACCAGAAGGUCUACACCGUGUACCGCAACCCCGAGGAGGCGGCGGACGAGGACGACGAGAGCCCCGGCGAGUGGGGCGACCGGCUGCUGCUGCACAAGGCCCAGAUCCUGGCGCUGGCAGAGGACAAAACUGACCUUGAGAACAGUGUGAUGCAGAAGAAAAUUAAAAUCCCCAAACUCUCUCUCAAUCACAUAGAAGAAGCUGGGGAGGUUACAGAUUAUGGGGAAGAAGAUGUGGAGCUUAGACACAGUAAGAGACAAGAUGGGAGGAAACAAAGUGAAGGUACACACAAAAGCAUUGAAGCAGUUGUUGCUCGCCUUGAAAAACAGAACGGGAUGAGUCUCAGUAAUACUUCCAGCCCUGAGGAGGCAUUUAUGGAGGCAACAGAGGGCAUGAACAAUAUGGACGAUGCUGUAGUUCCUCGGAUUCUCUAUGAGGAAUUGCUGAGGAGUUACCAGCAGCAGCAGGAAGAAAUGAGACACAUUCAGCAGGAGCUGGAGAGGACGCGGAGACAGCUUGUGCAACAGGCAAAGAAGCUAAAGGAGUAUGGGGCACUCGUGUCAGAAAUGAAAGAGCUCAGAGACUUGAACAGGAGGCUCCAGGAUGUACUGCUGCUAAGACUAGGUAGUGGACCUGCCAUUGAGGUUGAAAAAGUAAAACCUGAAUCAAUUGAGCCUGAACCUGAGGUACAGAAGACCUUCAGUGAGGAAGCAAAUACAUCAACGUACUACCCUGCCCCUGUUCCAGUAAUGGACAAGUAUAUUCUCGAGAAUGGAAAGGUCCAUCUUGGCAGUGGAAUUUGGGUAGAUGAGGAGAAAUGGCACCAGCUGCAAGUAACACAAGGAGAUUCAAAGUAUACAAAAAAUCUAGCGGUUAUGAUUUGGGGAACAGAUGUUCUCAAGAACAGAAGUGUCACAGGAGUUGCAACCAAAAAAAAGAAAGAUGCCGUUCCCAAGCCACCUCUCUCACCUCACAAAUUAAGCAUUGUCAGAGAAUGUUUGUAUGAUAGAAUAGCACAAGAAACUGUGGAUGAAACUGAAAUUGCACAGAGACUCUCCAAAGUCAACAAGUACAUCUGUGAAAAAAUCAUGGAUAUCAAUAAAUCAUGUAAAAAUGAAGAAAGGAGAGAAAUUGCAAAAUACAAUUUGCAAUAAACUUUGGAUUUUUAAUAAAGUCUUAGUGUUUUACUUAAGUGUUGGUUUUUGAUUUGUGUGGCAUUUUUGCUGAUGGAAGAAGCUGACAUGAAGCGUUGCUCUCUUCCUAUAACUGAUUCGUUUUUCGAGCGGUUCUGUCAUGGUGUAAACUGCUUUUAACUAAUGUAAGAUAUAUUGUAAGUUCACUGAGAAUGAAAACUGAAGUUUCCAAGCUUUCUCCAGCGAGUUGCAGUUUGUUACCUGCAGUUGUACAUAAGUUGUGGUUCUGCGGACACCGACCCAUUUGCCCUACAUUGAGUUUUACUGGAGUUAGUGGAUCUCAGCUGCAGUAAAACAUCUGCUUAGAAGGAAGAACUGUACAAAAU